AUCAAUAUGCGCAUAUGCUCUCUCUCUCUCUCUCCCUCCUCCCUCUUCUUCUGAGGUUUGAUCUUUUCCCUCUCUCUCUCUCUCUCUCUCAGUCUUACGAUUUACGUUAGCCCUCGUUUUCUCGGAGGCCAAACAGAACCGAAAGGAAUCUGUGAAUUUUUUUUGGCUUAGUGAUUCUCUGACAUUGUUGAAGAUGAAGACCUCCCCCUUUUAUUCGACCCUGUAGUCUUUUCAUCGGCAGCAGCAGCAGCAGGAGAGAAGAAGAAGAAGAUGGAAGACCACGACGACGACGGGGCCGCCGCGUCGGAUCUCAGCACCAGCGUCGGCGACCCGGAUGGAGACUACGAUCCGUCCCGCCACGCCCUCCCGGAGCACUCCGCCACCGUCGAGCACCCCAUCCCCUUCCAGGCCAUACCCUUGAAGCACGAGCCCGUCGACUCGGACCCCGCCUCCGAGCCGGACAGCAAGCCGCAGCACGGGCCCCUCGCCAUGGUCUCCGUCGCUAUGCAGAUGCAGAUGCAGAUGCAGCCGCUUCCCGUCGUGCCUGUCGCCACCACCCCCGUCACGACCAGGCGGUCCUCCACCAAGGACCGGCACACGAAAGUGGAGGGUCGCGGGCGGAGGAUCCGGAUACCUGCCACCUGCGCCGCCCGGAUCUUCCAGCUCACCCGGGAGCUCGGCCACAAGUCCGACGGCGAGACCGUACGGUGGCUGCUGGAGCACGCCGAGCAGGCCAUCAUCGAGGCCACUGGCACCGGCACCGUCCCCGCCAUCGCUGUCUCUGUCGGCGGGACCCUCAAGAUCCCCACGACCCCACCAGGGGGAGACCCGAAUGCCCCCAACCACCCCUCAGCAGCAGACUCCUCCAAGAAGAGGAAACGCCCCUCGGCCAGCGAGUUCUGCGAGGUCACGUCAUCAUCGAACCCGACCGUUCCUAUCGCGGCAGCACCGCAAGGUCUUGUCCCUGUCUGGGCAGUGGGCAACGGGGGCAUGGUGGUCCCCGCCAACGCGUUCUGGAUGAUCCCCCAGGCAGCCGCCGGUGCCACACCAGGAGGCCCACCGGCGGCGCAGCAGAUAUGGGCCAUAUCCCCCACCAUGGCCCCGAUAUUUAAUGUAGCAGCCGCCGCGAGGCCCAUCUCUUCCUACGUGGAGGCAGCUGCGAAUAGGACCGUUACCCAACAACAAGCAUCGGAUGCCCGAGGCAGCGUCUCGAACUCGGCCGCCAGCACGAGCCUAGUCGGGGCCAAGGUGGCAAAGAAGUCGACAAUGGCGCCGAGCGUGAGCAGCAGCUCGGGUGGCGGGAGUAACAGUAAUAACAACACCGCCAAGAGCAGUAGAGGGAAAGCUCAGAUGCUUAGGGAUUUUUCAUUGGAGAUUUACGACAAGCAGGAGUUGCAGUUAAUGGGCGGGGGGGCCCGCCGGGAGCAGUAACCAGCAAGCUCGGGCCACGAAGCCUUGAGGGCGGGGGCGGUGAUAGGAAAUUUUAGUUUUUAGCUUUCGGAAAUAAUAAAGGAAGGAUUUAAUUAGAGUAAUUUCAGCUGAUUAAUUAACUUAGGGCGAUUUUAAUUUUAAUUUCUGUUUGCGAUUUUUGUUCCAAGUGGACAAAUUAAUCGUAGCAAUCAAUCUGCUUUGUCUUGCUCCGAAGGAAAAUCAAGAGAGCAACUAAUGGGGGAAAUCCCGACUCAUUUUCGCAACUCA